AUGCAAAGAGAUUUAGCUAUAUUUCCAAAUACACCAUAGCUAUAAGGUCUAUUUAAUCCGACUCCCAUUCAUCCCAUGACAGCUUUUGUCGCAAGAUCAUGUUAUAAGUACAAUCAACUACAAAGAAACAAAUAAUAAAGAAUCGUUAUAUAACACAUACCUUAAAAACUAAGACCGAAUGAGAAGAGACACAUUUCUUUACCUAGAGCCUUGUAGGCCAUAAAGAAACAGCAAUUUGAAUCAUUGAGAAGAUCAUCUCAUUAAAAGGAUUAGUCCUAUAGUUUAGUAUUCUCUGAGUUUAAAUAGGAGGAAUUAAUCCUAUCAAAUAUAGAUAAAUUUUAUAAUAUGUAGAAUAAAUUACAAACAAGCAAUGAUGAUUUAGUUGAAGAAAGGAAGGCAAAUCUGAAAGAAUUAAAAAGGUCAAAUUCUAAGAUGAAGAAUGCUUUAGAGAAUGAUAAAACUAAGCUAAUUUUAUAAAACAUAUUAGGAGGAAUGUAACAGAAGGUUAAUGAAGUUGCACAUGAGAAUCAUAUGAGAAUAAUGGGGAUGCAAAUAAAGAAAUUUAAAUUGCAAGAUCAAUAGUCAAUUAGAAAUAAAGCAUGGUCUCAAGAAAAGGAACGAGAAUCCUCAAAAUCUUUUGUUGAAAAGAGGGAUUUUAAUACUCGUUCAGUUUAAAAGAAAAGAUAUCAAUCCCCUUAGACUAAAAUCAAAAAUAUAUCAUAAUAAGCAAUGAAGACAAAUCAAAAUUUCAGAUUUUCACUAACAGAUUAUUCUUCAUUAAGCAGAGAAUAAUUGUUCUAAAUGAAAUUACUGAGUUAUCACUAUUUGAUUUUUAUAGUUGCUUCGCAAAGUAAUUUUUAUGUUUAACCAUCUGAGGGUGUGAUUGAAUUAAAAUUCAAAGUGGGAAAAGGAAAUAAUAGUUUAUUAAUAAAAGAAUUGUUUAAAUCUAGAUGGUGGUGGAAUCUAAAUCAAGAGGCUGAAUAUAAGGAAUUAAAUUUUAUAUGGACGUAGAUUAAGGUUCCACAAUUUAUGAAUCUAUAAGAAUGGAGUAAAGAUCCUUCCAUUAAUAGAUUAAAAUCCCUAUCUUCAACAUUUGCAGAUUUAAAAAGAUAAAAAAAACAGAAAUCCCCAAAAAGUAAUAAAUAAAUUCAAAAGUUUGGAACAUUCGAUGAUCCAAUAAAAAAAUUGAUUGUAGAAUAGGAUGUUAAUGAACUGAAAUCAAUGGAUAAGUCCAUCUAAAGUUUUAUUAAGUAUGCUGAAAAGAAGGAGUUAAAAAUAAUUGAGAAUGUAAAUAAAAUUCACAAUCAUAUUGAGAGAAAUUAUCAUCUGGGUAAUAAGAAAGCCAUGUUCCAUAAUAUGAAGAAGUAUUAUGAAUUAACAAAACAGGAGUUAUCUCUUCAUUUACCUAUGACUUUCCAUGUUUCUGGAACCAAAGAUAAGUAAUAUCAAUAGUUUAUGGAAUAUUAUAAAUAGAAGAAGGGAAACAAUAUUUGGAUAGUGAAGCCAGGAGAAUUUACUAAUAGAGGAAAUGGAAUUAUUGUUUGUUAAUCCUUAGCUGAAAUUCAUAAAAUUGUAAGCAAAAAGUAGGUUCAUCCCAAUGGCAAACCAUUUACUUAUUUGAUACAAAAAUAUAUUGAAAAACCCUUUCUGUAUAACAAACGCAAAUUUGACAUACGGUGUUACUUUUUGAUAACUCAGUUAAAUAGCAUCAUCAGAGCCUACUGGUAUGAGGAAGGCUAUAUAAGAACUUCGAGUGAAGAAUUUGAUAUCAAAGAUGUGAGUAAUUAGUAUGUGCAUUUAACUAAUGAUGCUAUUCAAAAAUAUAGUGAGGCUUAUGGAAAAUACGAAAAUGGGAACAAGUUGUCUUUUGCAGAAUUCUAAAGAUAUCUUGAUAAAUGGCAUAGUAAUGAUCAUCUGAAUUUCUAUAAGGAUUUAUACCCAGAAUUGAAGAUAAUCACUUUGAAUGCCAUUAAGUCUGUAUACCAUAAGAUUGAGCCUUACAAAAGAAACUACAAUUUUGAAAUUUUUGGAUUAGAUUUCAUGAUUGAUGAGAAAUUCUAACCAUAUUUAAUUGAAAUCAAUACAAACCCUUGUUUAGAACUCAGUUCUCCCUUGUUGGGUAGAAUUAUUCCUGCUAUGGUUGAAAAUGCCUUCAGGUUAUCUAUAGAUACAUUGAUUCCUCCACCAGAGUAAUCUACUUGGCCACCGAACAAGAAACAUUUAUUAUUUUACGAUAACAUGUUGGAAAACAAUAGAUUCUAAUUGAUUUUCGACGAAAGAGAAGAUGCCUAAGAAUUAAAUGUGUUAUAUAGCAAUUAAUUAAAUGAUGAUCAAACAGAUGAAAUGGAUGAAGAAGAGGAAGAAUAUCAAUCUGAUGCUGAUUGA